CCAACGUAUGUUGGCAAUUUGCAUUCCGAGCCACAUUGCAUCUUUUCGCUUCUCUUUGUUUUCUCUUCCAUGAAAACCAAAUCUUUGCAGGCCUUCCCGCACUUAGUAUGUGAAAUUUAGGAGAGUUGAGCCGGAAAGAUGGGAACUUGCUCACCCUGUUGGUGAAAGUAUGUGUUUUCCCGUGAUCUUUUAGUAUGUGAAAUCUAGGUAGGAGUCCAAAGUCCAUAGGAGGAAAUGGGUUUCGUUUUAUCAUCAGCUGGAGCGUUCCAGAUUCUUCCACAGUGCGCUGUGGUUUCUUCAGGCACAAGUCAUGGGUGUAUCUCAAAUUUGUGUAUUAGGCCCCAUCAUUUGAAUUUUAGAAGUCCUCCUAUCAGGCAUUUGCACAAUGGCAAUUGGCGCUGUAAACAAAGAAUUAUUGUUGUCUCAAGUAAGGGUGAUGAAGGGGAUGGUGAUUCAUCAAGGAAUGAAGUGUUAGAGGAAGAUGAAUUGGUGGCUGCUAGAAAGGCUCUUUCUGAGACUCGAGCUAGACAAGAAGCCCUUGAAAAAGAAAAAGAUCAAUUGCUUGAAGAGUUGGCUCGUUCUGAAACUAAGCAUCAGGAAUAUAUGGCUACCAUUUUACAUGACAAGGAUGUAGCCAUCUCUGAACUGGAGUCAGUCAAAUUACUUUUUCAUCAGAAGCUGCAGGAGUCGAAACAAGAUUUGGUUGAACUUGCAGUGCAAGUUGAAAAGUUAGCAGAGAAUACUUUCCAGCAGGUUACAUCUUACAUUUUAGAAGAUGCUCAACUGAGGGUUUCAGCUGCGGAGACUUCAGCUGCUGAGAUGGCUUAUCAAAUUGAAGAAAAAAUAAGAAAUGCCUCUGAAGGUGUCAUAUUAUCUGUUAUUGAGCAGUCAAAAGAUGCAAUAGCAAAGGCCCUCGAUAUGGCAGAAAAAGCUGGAGAACAUGCAACAAAAGCUGUGGCAGCUUCUACCAAUGAUAUAAAUUCUGUUGAUAUGAUUGCUUCUGUUCAAUCUGAAAACAUGAAGUUGAAAAGUGCUGUCAGUGAUUUAGAAUCUCAGUUAUUGCUAUCAAAAAGUAAGUUUGAUAGGUUGAAGUUGGAAUUGCAGCAGGCUCAUUCACAAGUAAAUUCAGCUGAACUCCAAGCCAAUGAUGCAGAUAAAGCAUUGCUUGAAUUUCAGGAGGCAAGCAGGAAAAAUUCUCUUGAGCAGGGAGAGGAGACAAGUCCAUUUCUGGAGAAAAUGAACAAAGAUGCUGCAGAAAGAGAGAAGGCUGUCUCUGAGGCUUUUAAGGCAGAGUUGGAAAGCAUAAAGGCUGCCAUUGAAGCUGCCAAAGAAACAACAUGUUCCAAGGACAAUGCCUACAUGAGAACAUUUCAAGCAUUACAGAGAUCGUUAAGGGCUUCAGAAUCUGCUUUAAAGAUAUGGAGACAGAGAGCGGAGAUGGCAGAGUCACUACUAUUAAAUGAUGGACCUCAAAGUGAAGAGGAUGAAGAUGUCAUUUAUGCUGUUAAUGGUGGACGGUUAGGCCUUUUGGCUGAUGAUGAUUCACAGAAAUGGAAACUUCUGAGUGAUGGUCCUCGUAGGGAGGUACCUCAAUGGAUGGCAAGGAGGAUCUGGGCCAUCCGUCCCAACUUUCCACCCAGAGCAGCUGACAUAACUGAUGCCUUAAAAUCAAAAUUUAGAUCCCUGGAAUUGCCCAAAUUGGAUGAGGUGUGGUCAAUUGCUCAACAAAAACCAAAAGAAGGUGAUGUCCUUAUAGGGCAUGUAAUUGAGAAGGAGACAAUAGAGAAGAAACGAAAGGCUCUAGAACGUGCACUUCAGCGGAAGACAACUAAAUGGGAGAGGACUCUAGAACAAACAAAAUCUGAACCAGGAACUGGGACAGGAAGAGAGAUUGUAGUGAGUAUACAUUUUCAAGGUUUCAACUGGGAAAGCUGGAGAAGGCAGUGGUACCUGGAGUUAGCUCCUAAAUCUGCUGAUUUAUCUCAAUCUGGAAUUACAGCAGUAUGGUUGCCGCCACCAACAGAAUCUGUUGCUCCUCAAGGUUAUAUGCCUUCUGACCUUUACAACUUGAACUCAGCAUAUGGAUCUAAUGAAGAACUGAAACAUUGCAUAGAGGAGCUGCACGCUCAUGACCUUCUGGCAUUGGGAGAUGUUGUACUUAAUCACCGAUGUGCACAAAAGCAAAGUCCAGAUGGUGUCUGGAAUAUUUUUGGUGGCAAGCUUGCAUGGGGGCCUGAAGCAAUUGUUUGUGAUGAUCCUAAUUUCCAGGGCCAAGGAAAUCCUUCAAGUGGUGAUAUAUUUCAUGCUGCCCCAAACAUUGACCAUUCUCAGGACUUUGUUCGUAGAGACAUAAAGGAAUGGUUAAACUGGCUUCGGACUGAUAUUUGUUUUGAUGGUUGGCGCCUUGACUUUGUCAGAGGAUUCUCUGGUUCUUAUGUGAAAGAAUAUAUUGAAUCUUCUAAUCCUGCAUUUUCCAUUGGGGAAUACUGGGAUAGUUUGGCCUACGAAAAUGGUAACCUCUGUUACAACCAAGAUGCUCAUAGGCAACGGAUAAUCAAUUGGAUCAAUGCCACAGAUGGUACUUCGUCAGCUUUUGAUGUUACAACAAAGGGGAUACUUCACUCAGCUCUGCACAAUGAGUAUUGGAGGUUGAUAGAUCCUCAAGGAAAACCACCAGGAGUGAUGGGAUGGUGGCCAUCGCGUGCUGUUACAUUUUUAGAGAACCAUGAUACAGGAUCAACACAGGGCCAUUGGCCAUUCCCGCGGGAGAAGCUUGCACAGGGAUAUGCAUACAUUCUAACCCAUCCUGGAACGCCUGUAAUUUUCUAUGACCAUUUCUAUGAUUUUGGUUUGCAUGACAUCAUAACGGAGUUAAUAGAGACUAGAAGGCGGGGUGGAGUUCAUUGCCGGAGUUCUGUCACAAUAUACCAUGCAAAUAAUGAAGGUUAUGUUGCUCAGAUAGGCGACACACUAGUAAUAAAACUAGGCCAAUUUGAUUGGAACCCCUCAAAGGAAAACCAGAUGGAAGGAAGCUGGCACAAGUUUGUUGACAAAGGAUUAGAUUAUCAAGUGUGGAUUCGACAAUAAUUUGAUUAAAAAGAAAAAAUAUGAGACUUU